AUGGCCUCCACUCUUAAGCCCAUCAAGCUCUACGGAGGGCCUCCCGCCCCACACCCCAACCCUCUGAAAGUCGCCCUCAUCCUCACCCUCCUCGAACUCCCCUGGGAAACUGUCCCAGUCGAGAUGUCUGAGGUCAAGGGCGCCGAAUACGAAGCCGUCAACCCUAACGGACGUGUGCCCUCAGUCUACGACCCAAACACCGACCUGACCAUCUGGGAGAGUGGCGCCAUUAUCGAAUAUCUAAUUGACCGCUAUGACGCCCAAGAGCCCCGCAAGCUGAGCUUCACGCCCCGCAGCGCUGAAGCUGAGCUUGCACGAUCAUUCCUCCAUCUCCAGAUCUCCGGCCAAGGCCCGUACUACGGCCAGGCUAUCUGGUUCAAAGUCUACCACGCCGAGAAGGUCCCCACUGCUGUGGAGCGCUAUGUCAAUGAGGCCAAGCGUGUCACUGGCGUGCUGGACAAAUGGCUUGCCAAGCAGAAGGAAGCUCACCAGGCGAGUCUCGGUGAUGGGCCGUGGCUAGUUGGAAAUAAGCUGUCUUACGCUGAUGUGGCGUUCGUUGCUUGGCAGCGUAUUCUUAACAGUCACCUUGCUGAGGAUGGAUUCAAGGCGGAUGAGUUCCCUCAUGCCAAAGAGUGGCUUGAGCGUUUGAUUGCUAGAGAGCCUAUUAAGGUUGUUCUCGAUACGGUUUAG